AUGCCGCCGCAGUCGUUUAAACAGCACGUAGUCACCAACCUACGACUCGUGUGUCUCUUGCUAAUACCCAUCCUCGCAAUCCUAUACAUCAUCCCCACGUUCAUCACACCCGAGCUCGCCGAUAAUUUCCACACCAACUUCAAAAUCGUGCUCUUGACCAAGGAAUGGUGCCAAGUCAAACCGUGGCAGUGCGCCGUCUUGAACGAGGAUUACGGCGACCCGCUGCAGUUGCUCAAGAUUCGAUUCCACCAUUACGACGUCAUCUACGUGGUGCACAAAAACGUUGCUCUCUGGGACGAUUUCGUUAUCAAUGUGCUCAUGCACAGGAACCCCAUGAUCCUGCUUCUACGCCGAUCGUGGGCCAAUGAGCAAGAUGAGGCCUUUUGGGGCAAGUUUGAAGAGUCGCUCAGAAUCGCAAAUGCAAUGGUCAACGUGAUGGUUUUCCAUAGUAUCUGGGGGAUCGUUUUUUCGAAAAUGUGGAUGUUUUUCGUGUUUGGCAUCGCGGUGACGGUAUUGGAACCGUGGGAGAGGUUGGCUGGACCACUCUGGACAAUCUUACAGGAAGCAAAUACUGUUUUUUAG